AUGUCCAUACCUCAGCCUGUUUCUGAUCCCAGCUUGCUGCAGGAAUUUUGUCUCACUGAGGAUCUGUCUCGGCUUAGCAUUGAUCAGGAGUCCGAGCCUCGUAUCCGUCAGGCAAAGCUAGCUUUGUUACACCCUCUCAGGAAAGCAAAUAUACUUGAAUCAUGCCGCUGCCGAACAGACGCCCCCACAGAUCAACUGUGUCAUUACACGUGCGAUAGAUCCCGGCACGAGUUCCUCAAUCUGCAUCCACUGGGCAAGACCUGGAGGAAGGAGCUCAUGAAGAUCCCACCUUUUUCCCGUCUCAUAUUCGAUCUCACGUUACCGCCACAUUCUCCCAAUGACAACACCACCGAGACCCCCAACGGAUGGAUCCACUGGGAUACAUCUAUGCCCCAAGAAGCCAGUCUUGGCAUUCAUGCUAAAGAAGUUGCGAAUAUUGUCACAACAAUUGCUUUAACGACAAGAAUGCGGAUGAAGGGCGACGAGGUUUCCUUUGGUAUCAUUUAUGACCCGACUGACGGGGCACAUGUCAGGAAUAUGAAGGGUAUACAGAAGCAACUUGCUGCUCUGGGUACGGCUACUUCCCCCGAGAUGCAUGAUGAGAAAGUGGGUACCUCGGCGGAUCUCCCCCGCAACGACCAUCAUGGCUCGGACAGCUCUAUCUACGGCUCGGGUGUGGUGCUUGCGCAGAACUGUAGAUCCUCGGAAUAA